AUGAGGACGUGGUGUGCCUACUGCAAAAGACGGGGCCAUUCUUUGUACGAAGACAGGGUUACCUACAUACAAAUUGUGUGCUUGAAAUCCCGACUUCUAGGGCGGUGUUAUAUGAGUCACGAAUUUUUAACUGCUCUAUUCAACGCCAGAGAACAGCUUCCUCAAAGCAAUGGGAAAUUCCUGCUGCUCUGUCGGCACCUCUGGGAAUUGGACGAACGUCUGACCGCAGGAACACACUACAGCAUCUCCCCACGUCUUGCAGAUGAUGGUAGCAGCGAGGAGGACGCGGACGCCGCGCAGGGAGCAGCUGCCUUUCCUGUGGUCUGUUGUAUGUUUCAAUAUGUUAAUGAAGACAUAUUUAAAAAAGAGUCGUAUAAAAACUUCGUAGAGUUACUGAAAAUAUUUGGAGUUUCAGAGGUUAACUAUGACGCCGAAGAAACCCAGGAGCAGGUUGGGAAGUUUCUAGACAUCAUCAUCGGCGAACCUCCGUGCAAACGUCUGUUUUCAUUCUUGGUGGAAACACAGCUUGUAGGGAAUGACAUCACCCAAUUUAAAGACAAGCUGAGAGAAUUGUGGUUUUGCCCGUAUAACACCCCAUCUGGCGUUUCCUGUGCUUUUCAACGAGUGUUUGUUGGUAAGCCAGAAAUACAAAGGUCACAUGGCUAUAGGAUUGUAAAACCCUCAAACCCAUAA